AUGACGGGGUGUGCCUGCGGGGAGGGACAAAUUGCCAGGUCACCAAACGUCGGAGCAAGCAGCAAAGCCGGGGAUCUUCGCUGGCCGCACCUCGGGGCAGGUGAACCCGGGCUGAGCGCGCACCCGGAGGGAGGGAGGCGGGCGGCGGCAAUGGGUCCGCACUCGGGAGGCGGCAGAGGGGGGCCACGCACGUCGCGAGCCCGGCUAGUCCGGGGAGGAUUCCGGACAGUGGCGCGCGCGAGCUCGGGCCGCCCCGGCCUCCCGCACGGCUUCCCCCUCUCCCACGUGGUGCCAAGCGCGACGGGCUACCGCAGGAACGGCCUAGCUAGCCCGCGGCCAGCGGCUGAGGAGGGGAGAACAGGUGCGGCGCUCCCGAGCCCGCUCUCCCCUUCCUUCCCCGCUCCGUACCUCCAAGCGCCGCGCUGUCUCUUCUCCACCACCGUUAAACGAGCUCCGAGCGGCUCUCUGCCCGAGCGGCCUCACGUGACCCUCAGCCCGGCCCCGCGCCGCCUUCUCCGGCGUUCCAGCCGCCGCAGCUCCGGCUGGCGGGAAUGGGACGGCAGAGGGAGCCCCCAGGAGCUUGAGCCGCCACUCGCUGUAGUGACGCUACGUUCGAGGGGCGGGCCGUGGCCUGAGAGGAAAACAGCUGGAGCUAGUGGAUCUCUCACUUGAAAGAAAAGAAGGACACAAGCACUUCUUCAAUAAAACUAUAUGAAAUGUUCUCAAGAAAAAGAUCAGAUUCCCAAGUACAAGUGUUACAAAAAAUGCUGAAAAUAUGUAGGAACCAUGAAUUACAUUCUAGCCCUCCAACUGCACACUGCCCAUGGCCCAGCUGGUGGAGGGAAAGGAGAGUAGCUGCAGCAGGGCAUCCACUGACAGUAAUCCCAAUGGCUCUGUGCCCCUGAGCAUCCUGUAUGUGAUAAUUUGGAAAUGUAAUUAACUGAAUUGAUGUCAUCUGAAGUUUAUUAUUGUUUGUGUUAUUGUUGUAUUUCUAAAUUCUUUUAUUUUGUGAAAUUUGGAAGACCAUUGUAAGAGAAAUGCUGUUAGACAAAACAACUUUUUAAUUUGGAUACUGUUACACAUGAAUUGUGCUUUUAAAAGGAUGUGAUAAAAAUAAAUAUUUGAAAACUUAAAUAUUUAA